GAUCAUUUACCGCCAGAACGUCACAACGUCAACAAAACGAGUUCACUUCCUAGUUCCUACUGGUGCACUAUACCUAAUAAUAAUUGUAGCCCUAUUACCUAGUAAAACAAUAAGUGACAGUGCAAGUGGUUUUUAAAUUUAUUUUUUUUUGGAUCAGAAAAAUCAAGAACGAUGCGCGUGUGUAUAGUCGGUGCUGGUGCUGCUGGCCUUUGCGCCGCACGCCACCUCCUCAUCGAGCCAUGCGUCACAGAUGUCGAUAUAUUGGAACAGUCGUCACAGCUGGGUGGGACCUGGGUAUACACGGAGACCGUGGGAUAUGAUGACUUCGGUCUGCCAAUACAUACCAGCAUGUAUAAAAGUCUCAGAACGAAUCUUCCCAAAGAGAUAAUGGGUUUCCCAGAUUUUCCGAUCCCUGAAAGCGAGAGGUCAUACUUGCCAGCAAAGGACAUGCUCGCAUUUUUACAACUUUACGCUGAGAAACAUGGUGUCACGGAACACAUUAAAUUCAAACACCAUGUGCAGCUGAUAAUACCGAAGGAGGGCGCCAGUGCGGAGCUGUGGGAUGUAACGUACAAGGAUCUCAUAACUGGUGUAACGGAAACAAAGGAGUACGAUUACGUGUUCGUGUGCAACGGACACUAUAAUACCCCUUUCAUACCGAACAUACCAGGGCUUAAGCAGUUCAAAGGUGAUGUCAUGCACAGUCACGACUACAGAGUGCCGGAUAUAUUCAAAGGAAAACAAGUAUUGGUGGUCGGAGCCGGUCCAUCCGGCAUGGACAUCGCACUGGAGAUCACCAGCAUGACGGAAAAGGUGAUCCUCAGCCAUCACCUCAAAGAGCAGCCGCGGUCCGUGUUUCCGAGUAACCUUACACAGAAACCAGACGUCGAAAAGCUAGAAGGACACACUGCGUACUUCAAGGAUGGAACUCAAGAGGAAAUCGAUGUUGUCUUUCUUUGCACUGGAUACCUUUACAACUUUCCGUUUCUACACGAGUCGUGCAACAUCGUGGUGGAAGAUAAUUGCGUCGAGCCGCUCUACAAGCAUCUCGUUAAUAUACAGCAUCCGACGAUGUGCUUCAUCGGUGUCCCCUACUACGUGUGCGCUUUCUCGAUGUUUGAUUUGCAGGUACGGUACUACGUGCGGUCGAUGAACGGGACGUUUCAGCUACCGACCCGAGAGCAGAUGACGCACCACUGGGAACAAGAGAAGUGUGAACGAGCCUCGCGCGGGUACACGCGCAGACAAGCGCACAUGAUGGGCCCCGACCAGGAAAAGUACUACGCGUCUCUCGCGACAGAGGCCGGCACGGAGAACAUACCCUCAGUGAUAACGAAGAUAAGGGAAGAGAGUUCACUCCGCUUCCUCCACAACCUGCAGAACUACCGGCAAGACGUCUACAAGAUAAUAGAUGAUGAUACUUACGAAAUAUUAAGCAAUGGCAAACGGGAAAUUCUUUGUUGACCUCGAAAGCCGAAUAAGAUUUAUAUUACAAGCCGCGUAAUCUAAGUUUGCCGGUCUGAAUUUAGGCUUUGUGAAAAUUUUGCGCUUGUGUAAAAAUUAUAUAUGACAACUAACAUUAUUGUAUUCGCGUAAUGUGUUUAUACGUAUAUUAUAAUUGUUAACCGGCCAACUUAGAUUAUAUAGGCGCGAUAUAUUAAGUAGGUUAAGUUUUAAAGAGGCCUUGUACUAAAUUAAUUAACUGUAACUCCGCUAUGGUGCUUAUCUUAAUGUGUCGAAUAGUAUUUAGAUAUUAUUUUAUUCGAGUUACCAUAACGCGGUUAAUAUUGAUAAAGAAAAUUUAAGUUAUAUAUAAGUUUUAAGUUAGUGAUAAUAUUAUUAUAUUACAAAAAUAA